CAAGGCUGGACCACACGGGACUUGAUUCUGGCCAUUGAGUUUUCUGGAAUGCUAUUUGAUGUAUUGCCGCUGUCAACACUGUAGCUGGCAAACAUAUGACAGGCGGUGAGAGCGAGCCACAGCCGCACAGUCCAUAAUGGAACGCACAGGGGAUGACAGGAACACGAUCGGAGGGCAACGAAAACACCACGGACCCCAACAUGUCGGAUGACAGGAACGUGCUGUUGUUUAUUCUGGUGGAGCCCAGGAUGAGGAGCGAGGAGGAGAGGUUUAGAACUUUUCAAGACUGGCCUAGCGAUGCACCGGUGACCGCUGUCGACUUAGCCAAAGCUGGGUUUUACUUCCUUGGACCAGGGGAUAAGGUGAAAUGUUUCUGUUGUGGUGGAAUAUUGAGAUUCUGGGUCCAUGGCGACAGCCCGUUGGGGGAGCACAAAAGACACUUCCCAACGUGUAGCUUCGUUUUGGGAAGAAACGUUGGAAACAUUCAACGGCUUCCUGCGCCUGGAUCCUCAGAUGCCGUUGAUGGGCAACUCUUGAGUCAGCUUCAGAGAAUGACAGUGGAUGACCAGGUGGUCGUUGGACAGGCGGUAUAUCCGGAGAUGGAAGCUGAGGAGUCACGAUUGACCACAUUUCACAACUGGCCGACCGGUGCCUUAGUCCAGCCAGAGGUUCUGGCAAGCGCAGGCUUCUUCUACACUGGCCAUGGUGACAAUGUCAAAUGCUUCUACUGUGAUGGAGGCCUGAGGAACUGGGAGCCAGGGGAUGAUCCAUGGCAGGAACAUGCCAAAUGGUUUCCACGAUGUGAGUUUUUGCUUCAAACAAGAGGACAGCAAUAUGUCAGCAGCAUCCAAGAGUCCUAUUUCAAUAUUGGUGAAACCAGGGGUAGUGGACAGAGUGCUUUGGCCAGAGAUAUCAGCUCAGGACAUGACCUGGGCCGGGGCCAGGGCUCCUCAUCUGCUCUGUUGUCCCCUGUUGUCCAGACGGUGCUGCAGAUGGGCUUUGAUGCUGGAUUGGUGGAGAGUUUAGUGCAGACCAAAUACCUGCUCACUGGCAGCCAUUACACGUCUGUGUCCGACCUGGUGGCUGACGUGCUGCAGGCUGAGGAGGAGGACAGGCAGGGGUCAGAGCAGACCAGAGAGCCUGUAGAGAGGCUGGGCACAAGUGCAGGAGUGGAGGGGACACACCCUCAUGUUAAAGAGAAAGUGGGGGACCUGAGUCCAGAGGAACAGCUGAGGCAGCUGCAGGAGGAGCGCACCUGUAAGGUCUGCAUGGACAAGCUGGUGUCCAUCGUGUUCAUCCCCUGCGGUCACCUGGUGGUCUGCACCGACUGCGCAGCCAGCCUGCGUCACUGCCCCAUCUGCCGUGCUGUCAUCCGCGGGAGCGUCCGAGCCUUCAUGUCUUAAGAUCCGCACAGUACCCACGUUACAGAAUUACCACACCAUGCCAUGCUAGAUGAUUCCCACUGAAGAAGAAAAAAAUGCCCAACUGAAAAAAAAUAUUCCCCCAGUGUGGUGAGGAAAUAGUGAGAAUGUUCUGCGUGUGCUGGGAUGGUCAGACCCUGUGUGGGCUGUUGUGCUGAGCUAAGACAAAGAAGCAGAGUUUUACUGUGGGCUAUGAGUAUGGACAGGAAUGUACAGACUUUCUGUUGUGGAUUUUUCCUUCAAAAUAAAAUGGAAACAAUUCUGCUAUAAAUUAUGAUUCAUGUAAAUAUAAUGACCAAUUCAAAAUAUAUCACUAUUUUUUUUUUUUGCUGAA